AUGGGACAGUGCACCCGACUGCAGCAGUUCCCCCUGUGGGUGGUGAGCCCACAGAAUGGAGGCGAAAAGUCCAUGUUGCCUUUUCGGGCUGUGCUCGACCAGACACCGUGGCAACCCAGCCACCAGGCGCUCGAUGAUGGGCCCUCCGUCCAGGUCUGGCUCCAGAUGAGGGCUACAGACUCUCCGGGCCAGAGUUUGACACCCGUGCCCCUCCAGGAGUCGAUGUUUUGUGCUGGCUGUGGCAAGCAGGUAUGCGACCACUUCUUCCUAUUGGCUGCAGGCAGCGUGUGGCACAACGUUUGCCUCCGCUGUAGCCAGUGCCAUUGUGAACUGCAGACACACCCCUCCCUCUACUUUCGAGAUGGAGCCAUCUACUGUCAUCAGGACUACUACAGGAUGUUUGGAGGUGGUCAGUGUGCCCACUGCCCCCAGACAAUCCCAGCCUCCAGUUUGGCCGUGACGUCCAGUGAUCCAAACAUCCAUCCUUACUGCUUUUCCUGCCAGGAGUGUGAUGUGAAAUUGCAGUCACAGGAUCAGUGCCGUCUGCAGAGCCAGAACAUCUGCUGUCAAUCACCCCACAAUCCCAACUUCACACCCUGUCCAAAAGAAGAUUAUUGA